CAUAGCACCACUUCUUUUAUACCACGUACUAAAUAGUGAAAUGACUGCUGACCUUUGGGGAGGUGGGGAGCGGGUACCUGAAUUUGACAGGUACCCGCUCUUACUUCCGCAGAGUUUUUGUUUGAUCUUACCUGUUCCUCGAUCCAGCCGCGCGCUGUCUUCCUGGCUUCUGUAAUGGCGCUCGGCAUGACAGCCGGGUGCCCAGUGCGCAUGAGCGAGAAGCACUUGCGCUUUGUGAUUGAUCCGGCGGCUUCUGGGAUCUGUCAUGUGUCCCAGGUACCGCCUUACCAUUCACAAAAAGCAUUGCUUCUUGCGCAUGCGCACUUGGCACCCGGCUGUCAU